AAAAUAAAAAUAAAUGACUCGUAUUUUUGGUAAUUUUCUGGGAGAAAGGUGCCGAACUGCCGAUCCUACUUUUUAACUGAAAAGUUCAGUUACGAACACUGAUGAAGGGCAAUCCUCCGGCGAAGCUCAACGCCGAUUCGCCGGUCGACGAUGGAGAUCCCCUCCGCACUAACAAUCCCUUGCCGGGAGGCGUAAUCGUCGGCGGUGGGCUGCGAAAGAAGGCUGCCGGGGUCCGGCCAUGGCUUCUCCUGGACUCUACUGGGCAAGCGCAGGUGGUGGAGGUCGGAAAACAUGCUAUCAUGCGCCGGACUGGGCUUCCGGCCCGGGAUCUUCGUAUUCUGGACCCACUUCUGUCUUACCCUUCCACUGUGCUCGGCCGUGAGCGGGCAAUCGUCAUCAAUCUGGAGCAUAUCAAGGCCAUUAUUACAGCACAAGAGGUCCUUCUCCUCAAUUCUAGAGACCCUUCUGUUGCUCCUUUCGUCGAUGAGCUCCAGCACAGAAUUCUGCGUCACCACCAAGCUACCAACUCCCAGGAAGCUGGAGAUGGUCAGGAUAAUGCAGACUGGGAAAAUCUGUAUGAUUCUGAAGAGCCACAAUCAAAUAGAGCUAGCCCUCAAAACUAUUCUGGGGGUUUCCCGCCUAAAAAAGACGAGGAGGGUAAAGCAGAUGGGAAACAGCAAGCUGGUGAGAAUCGAGAUGGACUAAAGCUUCUUCCAUUUGAAUUUGUUGCACUUGAGGCAUGCCUAGAGGCUGCUUGCAGUUGCUUGGAUAAUGAGGCAAGAACAUUGGAGCAGGAAGCUCAUCCUGCAUUAGAUAAAUUGACUUCAAAGAUUAGUACUCUGAACUUGGAGCGUGUCCGUCAAAUUAAAAGCCGCUUGGUUGCAAUAACUGGGCGUGUUCAGAAGGUAAGAGAUGAACUGGAGCAUCUACUAGAUGAUGAUGAAGAUAUGGCUGAGAUGUAUUUGACUGAAAAACUUAUGCAACAACUUGAGGGUUCUUCUGUUUCAUCCAUAAAUGAGCAAGAUGGCUUGGAUGAAGGAGUUAUUCAGGAAGAUUUGAUUGAUAGGAUUCCUGCUGAGGUCUCAAUGGGAGCAAAUACUGGUUCCACCAGCUAUGAUGCUGAUCUUCCUCAUAUUGAUCACCAGCCUGAAAGAUUAAAUACACUUGGCCGAGGUAGUCAAGGAACACGGACAAGUACAACACAUAGUGCUAUUAGCAAGCAUCUUGAUGUGGAGGAGCUUGAAAUGCUCUUAGAAGCAUACUUUGUUCAGAUCGAUGGCACAUUGAAUAAACUCUCCACUCUCCGGGAGUAUGUGGAUGACACAGAAGAUUACAUCAACAUUAUGCUUGACGAUAAACAGAACCAUCUUCUGCAAAUGGGAGUCAUGUUGACAGCAGCAACUCUAGUCAUAAGUGCAUUUGUGGUUGUGGCAGGAGUUUUUGGCAUGAAUAUUGAAAUUGAGCUGUUUAAUGCUGAAAAAGCUGGGAUGCCAGAGUUCUUGUGGACCAUUGGUGGUGGUUGCACUGGUAGUAUUUUCCUGUAUGUGAUUGCAAUUGCCUGGUGUAAGCACAAACGUUUACUUGAGUAAAAGGAGAGAUCAAUCCUCAAUAUGGCGACAACAUGUAUGUAUAUGGAUCCUAAACUGAAGGAUCCCAAGUUGAACUUUGUAUUGAUGCUUGAAAUAUAUGAUUGUGGUAUGAAACUAUGAACAGCCUUUUGUCAUGUU